AUGUCCCAGGAAACGAGCUCGAAUGGUGCAAAACGAUUUAAUGAAAGGGAUAUGGCUGUACUCAAGAAAUCGCACCAGAAACAGAUAGAGUUGCGCAGAUUUGCCAGUAAGCACAUAAGCUUUUCUGAAAAAGAAAGGCUUGCUUUACAGUUUGAUAGCGUUGCUGGGUUAAACAAUAUCUGGGACACUGCUCUUGAGGCCAAGAGCCAACUUGAAGCUGGUCAUGAGCAUGGUGUUGGGUUAAUGUCCAAAAGACUUCAGGAUUCUGCAACUGCAGGAUAUGUAAUCUUACAGCAAAUCGAGCCUAUCCUGCGACUUGUGAAAGAUUUUGGUGCGCCGUACGGUGGCAUGGCAGUGGGGACCAUUUCGUUCCUUUUCGCCAUAGUCCACAACCGAGCCAAGAUGGAAAGAGAUAUUUCCGACAUGCUUUUGCAGAUUAAAGAUAGAGUUGCUGGUCUUAGAUUGUACCGACAUAUCUAUAACGCUGAUCAUGAGCUCGACCACCAGCUACAGUCUAAAAUUGUCCACACUUAUGUGAGCUUCGUCGAUUUCUGUAUUGAGGCUAUUCAAUAUUACUCCCAGGGGAGCAUAAGACGAUGGGCCAAAGCUUUAUGGGCGUCUUCAACAACCCUAGAGGGUUAUGCACUUGAAGUACAAAAGGCCAUCGUCGACAUUAGAUAUAUGGGUGAAGAGUUGCUGAAUAAGAACGUCGAUAUUAUCAAAGAACAGGUCUCUUGCCAGGAGGGGAGGAUCAAAGAUCUACUGGCGAAUAUAGAAAGUAUAGACGCCAAACACCCACAACAUGGUCUUAAACAACAACUGACUCGUGCACUCUUAUGCCUCAAGGAUUACUCUCUAGAGCAAGAGUCUACCCUGUUACAGAAAUAUAAAGUCGACUUGAAAGCAAAUCUAGAAUAUGUUUCGACCGACCUGGAGCGCAUGCUGGGGUCCCGACUCGAAAAGUUCAAGAACGGCCACGAUUUCCGAGCCUGGCAAGAUUCUUCGCGUUCCUGCAUGUUAAUCUUGGCGGGGUAUAACAAUAUAUCAAUCUAUAGGACUGGAGAAUGCUGGCUAUCCCCUGUUGCCUUGGAUAUGAUCGAGAGUUUCAGAAGACCCGAGCAGAACGAUCCGUGCGCCUUCUAUAUCUUAGGACUUCAAGAGCACAACUUGUUAUAUCCGGUGCUCUCCCGCAUCAUCCUCCAGCUGUUAAUUCUAAACCCUCAGGUACUACGGGACGAUACACAAUACCAAGAGUUGUGCGCGGAGAUCGAGUCAUAUCGUACAACUGCUCAAGAACAGAGCCGUGAUGAUAGAGAUUGCAGUAACACACUCAACGACCUCCUUCAAAAUUUGGCUCUUAGGGUUCUGAAUAUGUUCGACCCAAGCAAACCCAUCUGGAUCAUUAUAGAUCGCGUUGAUAAAUGUAAAUUAGAUAGGAGCAGUCACCGAAAAAGACUUAUGAGGGCACUGGCCUAUUUGGUUAAGAACUCUUCCGUCAAAAUUCGAGUUCUUGUCACUGUCAACGGUUACGACUGGAAGGUGGAGGAAGAAAGGACUGAUUUCGACCCUGACGGAGAUACAAGGAUAAUAAUUCACACAGCCCAUCAGAAAGAAACUACAUAAAGGGUGUGGAACGGUGCGGCACCGGGAUAUAAUAGGGGCUAAUGUCUCCAUCAAUCCACG